ACUUGAUACACGCCGGUGCAAUAUUUUUCAAGUAAAGUAAAACCGCUCGCUUAGUGCAAACGUUAAAAGUUGACAUUUUUAAAUCAUAGAUAGAAAAAAUAAAAAUGAGUGGAAAUGCAAAAAGAACUGUAUACGUAGGUGGAUUGGCAGAAGAAGUGGAUGAAAAAAUUUUAAAUGCAGCUUUCAUACCAUUUGGAGAAAUUAUAGAUGUACAGAUUCCAUUGGAUUAUGAGUCAGAGAAACAUAGAGGUUUUGCUUUUAUUGAAUUUGAAUCUGCGGAAGAUGCAGCAGCUGCUAUUGAUAAUAUGAAUGAUUCAGAACUAUUUGGCCGCACUAUUCGAGUAAAUAUUGCCAAGCCUCAAAAGAUAAAAGAAGGUUCUUCUAAACCUGUUUGGUCUGAUGAUGUUUGGUUACAAGAACAUGCUGGCGAAACAUUAAAUUUAGAAAAUGACAAUGCUGAAAAAACAGGUAAUAAACAGGUUACGGAAGAAAAAACUGCCAAAGGAAAAACAAACCCUCAAGUUUACUUCGAUAUAAGCGUUGGUAAACAAGAACUAGGCAGAAUUGUUAUGAUGCUAAGGGCAGAUAUUGUUCCAAAAACUGCUGAAAACUUUAGGUGUUUAUGUACGCAUGAAAAGGGCUAUGGCUUCCAAGGAAGUUCUUUUCACAGGAUUAUUCCAGACUUUAUGUGUCAAGGAGGAGAUUUUACAAAUCACAAUGGAACAGGUGGUAAAUCAAUUUAUGGACGUAAAUUCAAUGAUGAAAACUUUGAACUCAAGCAUACCGGACCAGGAAUCUUGUCAAUGGCCAAUUCUGGUCCUAAUUCUAAUGGUUCCCAAUUUUUUUUGUGCACAGCACGGACAGAAUGGCUUGAUGGAAAACAUGUAGUUUUUGGACAUGUUUUAAGUGGUCUUGAUGUUGUUAAAAAAAUUGAAAAAUAUGGUACAAAAGGAGGUGCACCUACUCAAAAAGUUGUGAUAUCUUCUUGUGGAGAACUUGCUUAAGAAUUGA